UAAAAGCGGAGCAUCAGUCUCCUCCAUUGAUAAACGCUCUCCUCAUCGAUUCAGCCAAACGACGUCUUGAGAGGAGGACAAAACCAACCUAAAAUCACUGACAGUUUAGCUGAAGGGCGUCGGGCGCGAUGGCUAAUGCAUCCCCAGACCUGGACAACGCAGAUGCCCAGCGCCAGCUCAACAACAACAAUCGACCAAUCGGCUCCGGGUUCUGGGAAACUGAGUGCACCAGCUCCAAACUGUUUGAGUGCUCCCGCAUCAAAGCUUUGGCAGAUGAACGAGAUGCAGUCCAGAAGAAGACUUUUACCAAGUGGGUUAACUCCCAUCUCUCCAGAGUUUCCUGUCGUAUCUCUGACCUGUACAAUGAUCUGAGGGAUGGAUACAUGCUAACCAGACUCCUGGAGGUCCUCAGUGGAGAGCUGCUGCCGAGGCCCACACGAGGGCGUAUGAGAAUCCACUGCCUGGAGAAUGUUGAUAAAGCCCUGCAGUUCCUUAAAGAACAGAGAGUUCACCUGGAAAACGUUGGUUCACAUGACAUUGUGGAUGGAAACCACCGCCUCACCCUUGGCCUUAUCUGGACUAUCAUUCUACGCUUCCAGAUCCAGGUGAUCAAAAUAGCAACGGAGGAUAACAGAGAAACUCGCUCUGCAAAGGAUGCCCUGCUGCUCUGGUGUCAGAUGAAGACUGCAGGGUACCCUGAGGUCAACAUCCAAAAUUUCACCACCUGCUGGAGAGACGGCCUUGCCUUCAAUGCCCUUAUUCACAGACACAGACCUGACCUGAUAGAGUUCCACAGGCUAACACGGUCCAAUGCAACCCACAACCUCCAACAAGCCUUCAACAUUGCUGAGCAGCACCUGGGCCUCACCAAACUCCUGGACCCUGAAGAUGUGAACACAGAGAACCCAGAUGAAAAGUCUAUCAUUACCUACGUGGUUUCCUAUUACCACUAUUUCUCCAAAAUGAAGGCACUAAUUGUGGAGGGCAAGAGGGUUGGCAAGGUACUUGACAAUUGUAUUGAGGCAGAGAAGAUAAUCAACCGUUACGAGGCUCUGGCGUCAGACCUGUUGGAAUGGAUAGAAAAGACCAUAGCAGUCAUCAGCAACCAGAAGUUUGCCAACUCCCUGACAGGAGUCCAGCAGCAGCUACAGGCCUUUACAACCUACUGCACCAUAGAGAAGCCCAUCAAGUUCCAGGAGAAGGGGAAUCUCGAGGUCCUUCUCUUCACCAUUCAAAGCAAACUCAGAGCCAACAACCAGAAACCCUACGUGCCUCAUGAUGGAAGGCUCAUCUCAGACAUCAACAAGGCCUGGGAGAGGCUGGAGAAAGCCGAACAUGAGAGGGGUGUGGCUCUGCGUAAGGAGCUGAUUCGCCAGGAGAAGCUGGAGCUGCUGGCUCAGUGCUUCGAUCAUAAAACAACGAUGAGACAAGCAUGGCUCAACGAGAACCAGAGACUUGUUUCACAGGACAAUUUUGGCUAUGACCUACCAGCAGUCGAGGCGGCAAUGAAGAAACACGAGGCCAUUGAGGCGGACAUAGCAUCAUAUGAAGAACGAAUAGGUGUGGUGGUUGAACUGAGUGCAGAGAUGGAGUCAGAAGGAUACUACGACAUACGACGUAUCCUGGCACGGAAAGAGAACAUCCUGGGCCAGUGGAGUCUGCUGAAGGAGCUGGUGGCUGGGAGGAGGACUCGGCUGGAGAAGAACCUGGCCCUGCAGAAGACUUUUCAGGACAUGGUCUACAUGAUUGACUGGAUGGAAGACACACAGGUCCAACUGCUGUCAAAGGACUUCGGGAAGCAUCUUCUGGAGGUUGAUGACCUGCUGCAGAAACACAGCCUUCAGGAAGCCGACAUCGCUGUACAAGCUGAGAGGGUCGAGACACUCAACACUGCUGCACUCAAAUUCACUACUCUAGAGGGCUACCAACCAUGUGACCCACAGGUGAUCUGUAACCGUGUUAACCAUGUUUCCUCCUGUCUGGAGGAGCUAAAACAACUGGCAGCUAAAAGACGCUCAGAGCUUGAGGAGUCGAGACAACUGUGGGCCUUCAUUCAGGAGCUUGAGGAGUCAGAAGGCUGGAUCAGGGAGAAGAGCUCCAUCCUGGGAGCCCAGGGUUAUGGGAAGGACCUGAGCAGUGUGUUAAGGUUACUUCAAAAACACAAAACACUCGCAGGAGAGCUGCUGGCUCACCGGUCACUGCUGCAGAACACCAUGAAGCAAGGAAAGCAGAUCCUCAGUGAUCAGAGUUUUGGCACAGCAGGGAUCCAGGAGCGCAUCAUGGAAGUGAAGAGUGAGUGGAAGAGGCUGGAAGACCAGGCUGCACAGCGUCUUGGCCACCUGCAGGAGGCGCUAACCUUUUUUCAGUUCUCAACUGAGACAGAUGACCUAGUGGCCUGGCUGCAGGAUGCUUAUCGCCUGGUCUCUAGUGAAGACUUUGGUCAUGAUGAGUAUUCCACCCAGUCCCUGCUAAAGAAACACAGAGGGGUCAGCGAGGCCAUUGACAAACACCGUGUACAUGUAGUGGCACUUCGCAAACACAUGAUAGCGCUGCCUCUGAGAUACCGUGAGCAGGAGGAGUCACAGGUGCGAAUGGGAGAGGUGGAGCAGCUUUAUACAGAGGUGAUUGAGGUGGCGGUGCUCAGGCAGCAGUGGCUCCAUGAUGCUCUUGCAGUUUACCGCAUGUUCAGUGAGGUCAAUGCCUGUGAGCUGUGGAUUGAUGAAAAGGAGCAGUGGCUCGACAAGAUGGAGGUCCCAGAGAAGAUGGAGGAUGUGGAGGUGGUGGCACACAGGUUUGAGAGUCUGGACCAGGAGAUGAACAGCCUCAUGGGAAGGAUCCUGGAUGUUAACCAAAUAGUUCAGCAGCUUCUGGAUGGAGGUCAUCCAUCUUCUACAGAAGUCAGAGGAUGUCAGGACCAUCUCAAUUCCAGGUGGAACAGCAUUGUGGAGCUGGUCGAGCAGAAGAAGGAUCAGCUGAACUCGAUGUUACGCCUGCAGAACUACCUGCUGGAGUGUGCUGAGAUCAAGUCCCAGAUCCAGGAAAAGAGAAAGGCCAUCGAUGCUACUCAGUACAUGGGCAGCGACCUGGGAGGAGUCCUGGCUCUGCAGAGACGUCUCUCCACCAUGGAGGGAGCCUUGUCUGUUCUGGAGCCCAAACUGCUACAUCUGCAGGAAGAGGCAGAGCAUCUGGCAACUGUCCAUGGAAGUCGGGCCAUGGAGGUACUAGUUCCAUUUGAUGGUAUCAGUGUGGAGUGGGAAGAGCUUAAACACACUCUGCAAGGCUGUGAAGACUCACUGAUGGUGGCGAGCAGGCUGCAAAGCUUCAUACAGGACCUGGACUCAUUCCUCACCUGGUUGGUCCAGACGCAGACGUCUGCCGCCUCAGACCAGCUACCUAACGAUCUUGAAGAGGCGGAGAAACUCAUCAACAAACACGCAGCUCUAAAAGAGGAGAUCGGGCGGUACGAAGAGGACUAUGAGCGCCUGCAGGCCAUGAAUGAGCUGCUAGAGUCGGAGGAGGCUCCUCUCCCUCAGGCCGCCCUGCAACAGUGGCUCCAGAAGCUAGAUGUUGGCUGGAACAAACUUCUGGAGAUGUGGGAGAGCAGGAGGGAAGUUCUAGUCCAGGCGCACAUUUUCCACCUGUUCCUUCGAGAUGUCAAACAGGCCGAGUCCUUCCUUAACAACCAGGAGUCAGCCCUUGCUCAUGUGGAGCUGCCGACCACGGUGGAAACAGUGGAAGCAGCCAUUAAGAAACACAAAGACUUCACCACCACGAUGGAGCUGAACCUGCACAGAAUCAAAGCUGUGAUUGAGGCUGGGGAGAGUCUGAUUAGCCAGAGCAACAUCUACUCUGAACGCAUCAAGGAACGCAUCGACACCCUCGCCAACAGGGGUAAUCAGAACAGAGAACUGGCUCAGCAGUGGCUGGACAGACUCAACGACCAAUGGGAACUUCAAAGAUUUCUUCAGGACUGUCAUGAGCUUGGGGACUGGGUUUGUGAGAAGAUGCUGAUGGCGAGGGACAGCAGCCGAGACGAGACCCAGAAGCUUCAUAAGAAAUGGCUCAAGCACCAGGCCUUCAUGGCUGAGUUGGCCCAGAAUAAGGAAUGGCUGGAAAAAAUUGAAAAGGAGGGCCAGCAGCUGAUCCAGGAGAAGCCCGAGCUCAGCCCUGUGGUUCGAAGGAAGCUGGAGGAGAUAAGGGAGUGCUGGCAGGAUCUGGAGAGCACCACUCAGGCCAAAGCCCGUCAGCUCUUCGAGGCCAACAAGGCCGACCUGCUGGUUCAGAGCUAUGACAGCCUUGACCAGAGACUGGGCCAGCUGGAGGGUCAGCUGAUCUAUGUGGACCAGGGACAGGACCUCACUACUGUCAACAAGCAGCUGAAAAAACUACAGACCAUGGAAACCCAGAUGGAGGAAUGGUAUAAGGAGGUGGGUCAGCUCCAAGGACAGGUGGCCACCAUCCCACAGCUCACGCAGGUCAAGGAGACUGUCGCUGAGCGGCAGGCAGCCGUGGAGGCCAGGAUGGUACGUCUGAUCGAGCCGCUGAAGGAGAGACGGCGCAUCCUGCUGGCAUCCAAAGAAGUUCACCAAGUUGGACGAGACCUGGAAGAUGAGAUUUUGUGGGUCCAAGAGCGUAUCCCAAUGGCCAUGUCUCAGGAGCACGGCUCCACUCUGCAGGAAGUCCAGCAGCUCAUGAAGAAGAACCAGACUCUUCAGAGGGAGCUCCAGGGCCACAGGAGCAGGAUCGAGGACGUACUGGAAAGGGCAGGGAUCAUAGCAUCCAUACGCAGCCCUGAGGCAGACUGCGUCAGGGCGGGCCAAGACCAGCUGGCCCAGCUGUGGGCUCUGCUCUGGGCAGAGACAGAGAGAAGGCAGUUGGUUCUCGACGCCAUGUACCAGGCCCAACAGUACUUCUUUGACACAGCUGAGGUGGAGGCCUGGCUGAGCGAGCAGGAGCUGCACAUGAUGAACGAGGAGAAGGGGAAGGAUGAACCCAGCACUCUGCAGCUCCUGAAGAAACACUUGGUCCUGGAACAGACAAUUGAGGACUACGCUGAGACCAUUGGCCUGCUGUCACAGCAAUGUCGGCAGCUGCUAGAGAUGGGGCAUCCUGACUGUGAGCAGAUCAGCAAGCGCCAGUCUCAGAUCGACCGUCUGUACGUGUCUCUAAAGGACCUGGUGGAGGAGAGGAAGAGCCGUCUGGAGCAGCAGUACUGGCUCUACCAGCUCAACAGGGAGGUGGAUGAGCUUGAGCAGUGGAUUGCUCAGAGGGAAAUGAUCGCCAGCUCGCCUGAACUCGGUCAAGACUUUGAGCAUGUUACUGUCCUGCAGGAGAAGUUUACAGAGUUUGCAUCGGAGACAGGCAGUGUGGGACAAGAGCGAGUGACUGCUGUUAACCAGAUGGUAGACGAGCUCAUUGACUAUGGCCACUCAGAGGCUGCCACCAUCGCUGAAUGGAAGGAUGGAGUAAAUGAGGCCUGGGCAGACUUGCUGGAGCUGAUGGAGACCCGGGCGCAGAUGCUCGCUGCCUCACACCAGCUGCACAAGUUUUUCUCUGAUUGCAGAGAGGUUUUGGCUCAAAUUGAGGACAAACAUCGAAGGCUGCCGGAGGUUCGGGCUCGUCAGGGCAGCUCUGCCAACACCAGCACCCUGCAGAGACUCCUGCACAGCUUUGAACAGGAUAUACAGCUGCUGGUCACACAGGUGCGUCAACUACAAGAGAGUGCAGCCCAGCUGAGGACAGUGUACGCUGGCGAGAAGGCCGAAGCCAUCGCUUUCCGUGAGCAUGAAGUGAUGCAGUACUGGAAAGAGCUGCUUACAUCUUGUGAGGAGUGUCGAGUGCAGAUUACCACUGAGACAGACAAGCUGAGGUUCUUUGGCAUGGUUCGAGAUCAGAUCAUUUGGAUGGAGUCAAUCAUCUGUCAGAUCGGGACGGGAGAGAAGCCCAGGGACGUUUCCUCAGUGGAGGUGCUGAUGAAUUAUCACCAGAGUCUGAAGAGUGAGGUAGAGGCUCGCAGCCGGAGCACUGUGGAAUGUAUUGAGAUGGGGAAAACCCUGCUGGCGGCUAGAAACCCAGCAUCUGAAGAGAUCAAAGAGAAACUUGAAAAGGUCAUAGCUAAGCAGCAUGAGCUGUCUGAGAAGUGGGACAAGCACUGGGAAGUCCUACAACAAUUGUUGGAGGUUCAUCAGUUUGCUCAGGAGGCAGUGGUGGCUGAGGCAUGGCUGACCGCUCAGGAGCCGUUCAUCAACAGCAAUGAGCUAGGUGCGAGUGUAGACGAGGUGGAGCAGCUGAUCCGUCGACACGAAGCCUUCCGCAAAGCUGCCGCCACCUGGGAGGAGCGAUUCAGCUCCCUGCGACGACUCACCACGGUAGAAAAGUUAAAAGCAGAGCAAAGUAAAUUACCCCCAACCCCUCUGCUGGGUCGUAAAGUCUUCCUGGACCCCCAAGAUGCUGCACUGACUGCAUCCACACUCCCUCGCCUCCCAAUCUCUCCCGUAACGAGACAGACCAUCUACGAACAGAAUGAAGCCAGUUCUCCUCCCUCACCCUCACCUGCAACACCAACACCCUCUCCUUCAUCUGUGGCUCGUCGAUUGGGGUCGACUGUUGCAAACUAUACUCCUGUGAUGAACGGUUCCAGCUACCGCCACACCCUGGAGUCAAGGCACGGUGGUGUUGUGGGUGUGGCUGCAGGACUAGGCAAGCCUUCACCUUCCUCGAUUGCCUCAAUAGCCACUGCAGCUAUGCUAGUAUCAGCAAACCAGGCACGAGAGAGCGCCAGUGCAGCAAAAGACCAGACAGUGAAGGCAAUGAGUCACCUACAGCCAGCACAGGCAGCAAGAACACCCGAGGUGAAAUCAUCCCCAUAUCUACGGCAGCCAAAAAUCAAACACAUGGACGAUGCAGUGACGCCGCUGAUUGUUGCCAGCCGUCUGGAGAAAGCGAGGGAGAGAGAGAGGGGAAGAGAGCGGGAGAUAAUGAUGGGAGAGAUUGGAACAGAGAAAGCAGAGGUCGCUGUGAUGGCAGAAGUGGUGCUACAAGAGCCUAUUAGGGAGCGUCUGCACAGUGAACCCACUAGAGGGCCUCGAGGGUCCAGGACUGACCCGUUAGGCCAUGCCGAGCCCCAGGUCCAGACCCACACCUACCACAGGGACCACAGGAUAGAAAGGCAGCUGUCUAGCGAGCAGCUGAUACAGGCGCGCAGGGAUGAGCUGCCUCAGGAGGUAUGGAGGGAACAUGCAGAGAGGCGAGAGAGACGGACGCUGGAGAGACAAACGUCAAGUGAGCAGGAGGGCCACGGAGGGCAUGAGGGCAGGCGGAGAGAAAGAGACCGACACCGACUGGAGAGACAGGAAUCCAGCGAGCAUGACACGGGACACUCAGACAGACGCUCAGGAGGAGGAGAAAAGAGAUCCACGUUGCUAGAAAUUGUAGAGCAGCUUCAAGAAAGAGAAGCAGCACAGGCCCGUGGAGAGGUGCCCCGCCUGCCUAACGGGUUCCCAGAAAAGUCUUCCCGUCCUGACCGGCCAAGAGCUCGGGACAGACCAAAACCAAGGCGGCGACCGCGACCCAAAGAGCCAGGAGAAACAACGCGGCGGUCUAGGUCUGCUCCGGCCCAGAGCAGCCCGGCAGUCCCUCAGCCACCAACACACACUGCACACCAUGAGGGCUUCCUAUUUCGCAAGCUGGACAUCGAGAGCCUGAAGAAGAGCACCAAUAGGUCAUGGGUCAACCUGUACUGCGUGCUGAACAAAGGGGAGAUCGGUUUCUACAAGGACGCCAAGAACACCACCGCAUCCUACAACAACGAGCCGAUGCUCAACCUCUCCCACUGCCACUGCGACGUCACCAAUGGCUACAAGAAGAAGAAGAAUGUCUUCACACUCAAAACAAAGGACGGGAGCGAGUUUUUGUUUCAUGCAAAAGAUGAGGAUGACCUUAAAUCGUGGGUCAGCAACAUCACCACGAGCAUUACAGAGCACGAGGAGAUUGCCAAAUGGGGUCAACCCCAACCAACUACCUCAUCAACCGACGAGGGCACGCGCCGUGAAGGCAGCAAGGCAGACAACAGGUCAGAGCGAGGGGGCGAACGCUCGGACAGGGCUGAUCGUAUCGAGCGUGCAGACAAAGAAAAGGAGAAAGAGAGGGAGAGAGAGAAGGAGAAGGAGAGAGGGGAACGGUCAGAGAGGUCAGAUCGAGGUGGGAAGUCGGACGCAAAGCGCUCUGAAAAGUCCAGUAAAAAAAAGUGAACCGGACAAAAAUUUGUCGGGAUUAAAGCGUCUGAACUUCGAAAAAGGAGGCGGGGCCAAAGACUGGCAGUGACCGCCCCCCUCUUCCUCUCUGCCUCCAACACUGUCAACAAAGCGGUUGUGUUUGGAUGGAAAGUGACACACAAGACAGAAGGACUGACCCAGGCUCACUCAUAGGACGGGACGGAUCUGGAGCAGGAGACAUCUUUCUCUCUCCCUCGCUCUCUCUUCUUCUGUGUCUCGGUGAGAACACACAGUUUACCUAUGCCCCCUGGUGGCAGUUUCAGAGAACUGCAGAGGGAGUUUUGUGCUGCUGAGCCCCUGGCAGCAUCAGUGCGAGAGAGAUGGGAAACGCAUCAUGUUAACUCAAAGGCUGUUACUGAUGGCUGGUAGUGCGAUAAAACGUAGCUCAUUCUGUCCCAUGUUUGUUUUUUCUAUGAGAUGAGCUGUAUCUGUAUGUAUUUCCUGUCUGUCUGUCCUAUCUACUGUAUCUAUCUGUCUGUAAGUCAAGACAUCCUACACAAUGUCUUAUUACUCCUCAGAAAUUGAAAGAGAAUGAAAGUAAGCCAAAAUGUUUUACAGACCUAAAAACAUGAUUUGUAUAUUGUUUCUUUCACUUUGUCUGUUCUGUCUUGGGCUCUGAACAAACAAUAACGCAGGUUUUUAUUUCUCAAACAGCACUGAACCACAACCAUCCACAUGCACCACUGAUGAAUAAACACUGGUUAACAGGAACAGUUUAGUGCUGAUAUUGAGGAAGAUGCAAAGACGCUGAUGAGGGAAGUGAGAAGAGUAGAUGGCCUCAAAGCAGUCAGGACAGAAAAUAAGAGGGAACUGAUAAAUGUUUAAUCACUGCCCUGAAAACAGCCAAGGGCUUUUGAUUUUAACCCUAAUGAAUGAUCACAACCGCAACAAUUCCUUAAACUUUCUUACAUUUUAUGUUCGUUUCUGUCCAAGAAGAGCAGCUUUUAUUUGUUUAUAUUUAAGAUUCAAGGGUUAUUUUUUGAUGUUUGAGCCAGACAAAUGGGUCAGAAGGUUUUAACCUUUUAAAUAAAGACUACAGACAGUAUGGUCCCAGCAGCUACCUGAGCUCCAGUCUAGUUGAUGAGAGCAUGAGAAUGAGUGAUGAUAAAGAGGUAAGAACUAGACCGAUGGAUUCUGGUUCCAAGAGGGCUUGAUAUUCUUUAGUUUUACGUUUGAAAAACAAGGCGUCAAAUUGUUAUUGCAGUUUUAUUUUGACUUUGUGUAGAGGCUAAGAGUAAUGCUUUCAUAUCUGAAAGAAAAAAUGGUGAAAUUGAGGGUACCCUGAUCCUCAGUUUUCCAUAAACAACAUUUUUGGCUUGGUCGUAAGCACAAAAUCAGCGCCUGGCAUGUUUUUAAUGAAUGAGGCUCUCAGGCUAAAAUCAGGCCUCAGCUAUUCUUUUAUUCUCUUACAACUUCAAACUACUCGUUAGUUUUUCUCUUUGAGGUCAUCACACUAAUCUGUUGCAUCCUUUUUGAUUACAGAUAUGAAAAUCUUUUGUUUUCGUGAGUAUGUACACGAGCGUGUGUUGGUGCGUGCGUGCAUGUUUGUGCUGCUGCUCUCUGCUCCCAGGGUCUCCAUAGCUCUCAGGUUCUUUAUGUUUGUAUGUGCUUACAUAAUGCUUCAUGUGUCAAUAUGUUCAUCCCCUCAUAUCACACCUCAGUCUUCCAGACACGUCUGAUCCACCACACAUUUUUACACACACAAAUACAAACAUGAUGAUUACUGACAUGUUGAAGAGUCUCAUCAUCCCAUUAGUGUAGACGCAGAAAAGAAUGAAUGGAGAGAUGAAUACAUGGAUAAGGCGCUAAGAGCCAGGUUAUCAGACUGACCAAAUAUUUAGAAAAAAUGGGUUCAAGUGUCUGUACAAUGUGAGAUUGCAUGUUUUGCUUGGAGAGAAAUCACAAGUCACAUGAAGCUCGUCUUUGCAGCCCGCCAACUCUGCAUCCACUCAUAAGUUUUUGUUUCAAACUCACCACAAAGCCAUAAAUAACGGGGAAAGAGAGUCAAAAUAAGGAGGUUGAGAAUCAUCAUAGUUUACCAAACCUUGUAGUCGGGCUAACUGAAGUUACUUUAACGCCAGGCUACAUCCUGAUCAGCUACAGGUCAAGACAGCAUUUAAAAUUCUUGUUAGAUCCUUUCAUGUCUGACAGUAACAUAGGUUUGUUUCACUAAAGUUUUUUUUUAUUUUUGUCCAUCUAAAUUUGGUCACACAAUACAAAUGUGUGCCUCUUUUAAUCACAUCAUCUGUUUUAUUUUAAAAAGCACUCAAAAGACACUCCAACCUGACCACUCUUGGGAAUAUCACAUCGACUGAGAUGCGUAAAAGAAGGCAGCUGUUUGGUGGGGAUGUAACAAGUGUACUUUUCCCAAAACCAGUCAGUUAAUGUUUUUUCUUUAACUCUUUUUGUACUGUUAAAUCCAUUAAAAUAACUUCUGCUAUAUUUUAUGAUUCAGUCUAACACGUGAGUCCCUUUCUCUGUACGAUCUUUUUACUCAUUGGUUAACACGUUCAUUUGUGGCCCCUGAGGUUAGAGGGCUAACAACACUGAAGGGGCUUCUCAUUUCAUAACUUUGCGCAUCCUUGCAUCCUGUAUCCUUAUCUAGUUUCAACAUUUUAUUGAAGCUUAUGCACCAAAAACAAAGUAUAACACUAUUGACGGCACCAAACAUUUUUUGAAAUAAUAUGAACAAUGACCCCAACCCUGCCUGUCCACAUCCACCCUAAAACUUACAAAAGGAAAGAAUAAAUAAAUAAAAGAAAUGAGGAAAAAAAAUAAGUGUUUCCUUAUCUGACCCAGAAAUUGUUCUUCCAACGUCAUGAUGAAGGAUCUUCCAAUUCCUUAAACGUACCAGGAGAAGGCAAGGAUUAAAGCUUCUGGUGGAGCUCUUAUCCAAGAUACAGCCAUGUUUCCUCUGCAGGAGUCUUGACCAAAGACGCAGUGGGACUGGUUUGGACAUCUAUCAAAAAGCCACACUUCCACAUAGUUCACUAUUUUCCCCACAGUUCAUUCUCACAGCCCUGGUUUGCUUAAAAUUAAACAGUUUAAAAUGCAGAGAUAAUAAAAUAUAUUCAUGCAUUUUACAACCUUGUACAGCAUAAUCUAAUCUAAAAUCAUUUUAGAAUCACUUAAGGCAGCUGUUUGUUUAUUGCUUUUACUUUAUCCAUCAACAAUACCUCUGUAAACUCACCUCUUUCAGGUGUCUGUAAAGAGUUGGAAGAUCUUUCUUCAUGCCAGCAGGAGAACAAUUUCUGGGUUGGCCAAGACAGGACACAAGUGUAAAAUUAUGAGAUGAGAAGCACAUGCUUUCCCAUGGUGCUUGGUUAGAACAACUGGGUUAGCUGGUGGUCCUUCGCAAACUAGAGCCAACCCUGGUCUAAUUUCAGACCAGAAAAUCCGGGUUAGAUAGACCAGUUUAGGACUGGCGUUUGGAGGACAAUAGGGCCUCAAUGAAGGCAUUACUGAGGCAGAAAAACAGUGGGAGAAACAUGGGAGAGCUGCACUUAUAAUGUAUUCAAUGUUCAAGCAUCAGUUAAACACUGAAUUAAAUUAUUUUUGAAAGAGGUAAUACUAACCUGGCCAUUCAAGUGCAGUUCACCAUUAGCAAGUAGUUUUUUUUUCUUAUUUAUAAUAGCCUCUGUCUUAUAUAGUUGUGUUUUGUGUGCUUGCUGCUAGAUAUGCAGUAAGUCAGUCUUUAUAUCUUUUAUUUAUUUUUGCCUUUAUUUUUAAAGGACAGGACAGUGGAUAGAGUAGGAAAUCAGGAAGAGAGUAUGGGAAUGAAACGUGUGAAAGCAGUCUCAGGUCAGAUUGGGACUUCAGUUGCACCUUUAAAAGACUUGCUUUAGUUUUUAGGGGUAGCAGACUAACUGCUAGGCUAACAGGGUGCUAGAUUAGUCUUAAAUAUACAAACAUCCCCCGAUAAAUCUCAGAAUUAAACACCCUGGAAAUUACAAAAUUGUAUGUGUUAGUUUUGUAUAAGGGUUUUCUUUAAUAUGGGCAGUGGGUUUCUCCACAAGGUAAACGAAGACGUCCCUUGCUCAAACCUGCCACUGUAACGUUAAGUUGGAUGGUUGACCUGCUGAGUUGACACUGACUACAGCUCAGAAAACCUCGGCGCAUUACGCAGAGUUAGUUUUCCACUGUAAGACAACAUGUCUGCUACUGAUAAACUUUUUAAAUUACUGUAGAAGGUGUCACAUCUUUGCUGAAUAUAAAGAGAAAUUGAUGGGGGUUUUUUUUAUGAUGUGUUUUUACUUUUAACAGAAAAAAGUUAAAGGAUGAUAAUUAACUGACUGGUUGGGUAAAUUUACAACAGCUGGAGCUAACUCAGCCUCAGAACCAUACCAACAAAUUGUUUGUAUUUCUAUUGUGUUUUUUUUUCCUAGUUAUUUUUUAAUUUAUCUGAAGUGUAAGAUAAGCCUCAUGAAAGCAAUAUUAUCUGUUAGGUUUUACAUUAUCACUGAAGGGUUUUAAAUCUGGUCCUGACCUGUUGAUCUGAUUUCUGUCAAUCAUAAAACAUGUCUUAAAACCUGUAACUUUUUAAAUCUUGUUUAUUUCAACACACUUUAUGCAUCUUUACCGAGUGUGAAUGCCAGAUCAAUGCAAUCAUUUACAUGCAUGAUGAACACAACAAAGUAAAAGAGAUGAAUUUUGAAUGAGCAAAUCUUCCAGGUGUGAAUUGACAGUAUACGGUCCUCUGCUGUGGGAUCAUGAAUCUGACAGCAUAAUAAACUGACACACUUUAUUAUUUUAAAUACAGACAAGACAAACAUGCAGGGUACAGCUGACUGAAAACACCACAAAGUUUGACGUUGUUUGAGCUAUUUCGUCUGGUUGCAUCUGCUCUCAGCAGAAACAAAUAGAAGUCAACAUGUUUCACAUCCUGACAGACUGUGAAGGUUUGGAUGAGCUCGUCGUA